CCACAACAUAACAACAGAACAGAACACACGGACUGCGAAUCUAGUUGCACCGGUCGUAUUGGACCUGAAGCCAUUCAAUUGAGCUCGGUACCAGGCUAUUCCGGCGUCGCCCCACCGUGCCCCUCCUUUAGGAUCCCAGGAGGGUGGAAUCGGGCGAGCUACAUUACAGAACGUUUAUCCAUGUUACUCUUCGAAAGAAAGGCAAUUCUCAACUCAAUUCUCAAGGAAAAACAAGGACUGUCAGGGUUUUUGGAUUGAGAUUGCGGUCAACUGAAGGGUGGUUGCAAGGUUUCUGCUGAGCUGAUUGAACGCAAGGCCUGCUAAGGAUACUGACUGGUACGAGUAUAUAAUUUUACUUCGUUGUUCGAUUUUCCCGCAAGUGCAUUGCGAAAUCAACCCAUUGGUCGCUCUUCCCACCAUUCCUCCAACUCUGCGGAAAUGGCGCUCCCGAGUGCCAAAGUAGAAAACGUCCCACCUACGCUCGCGCCGGAGCCUGAUUAUUUCAAAACCAAUCCUCCGCCUCGGGACCUCGAAGCGCACGCGGCCCAGGUCCAAGAAUUUGUAGAUCUCCAUCUAGCUGCAAGCAGACGGGUGGUCCUCGUCACCUCCGGUGGGACCACCGUGCCCCUCGAAACCCAAACGGUGCGGUUCAUCGACAAUUUCUCCGCAGGCACACGAGGGGCCACAUCAGCCGAAUACUUCCUCCAAGAAGGCUACGCGGUGAUAUUCCUGCAUCGCCAAUUCAGCCUGCUUCCGUACUCGCGACACUAUAGCCACUCGACCAAUUGUUUUCUAGAUUUCAUGGACGAAGCCGCCGUGCCACCCUUGUCAUCUCCAGGCUACGAUGAAAAUAACCCAGACCACGGCGCGAUUGUAGUCCGCCCAGAGUACCAGGAUGAAAUGCGCAAAGUACUCCGCCAGUACCGCUACGCGAAACAGAACCAACUCCUCCUACUCAUCCCCUUUGUGACAGUGACGGAGUAUCUGUACGAGUUACGCUCACUAGCGACAAUCAUGCGACCCCUGGGCGCCAAUGCGCUCUUCUACCUCGCCGCGGCGGUUUCAGACUUCUUCAUCCCCCGCGAUCGCAUGGUCGAGCACAAGAUCCAAUCCUCAAACGAGGUGUCCACGCCCGCUUGCCAACCAGCACAAGGCCACAGCGUCAUCCCCGCCGACAGCAUCUACACAGGCUUCAAUGAUCCGCAGCCACCAACCCAUGGCAAGAAACUGAUCGUCGACCUGGACCCGGUGCCCAAAUUCCUCCACAGCCUCGUGAACGGCUGGGCGCCACAGGGCAGUAUGGUUGUCAGCUUCAAGCUGGAGACGGAUCUGUCGCUUCUGAUUUCCAAGUCCGAGCAGGCGCUCAAUCGCUACUCGCAUCACCUCGUCAUUGGUAAUUUGCUUUCGACGCGCAAGUGGGAAGUUGUGUUCGUUUCUCGGGGCCCGGAUGGGAAGAUUUUGGAGCAUUGGUUGCGGAUCCCGAAGGCUGCGGCGCCACAGAGUGGUUCGAAGAGGCUGAGCUGGAAUACAGUCCAACCACGACAACAUGAAUCUGUGACGAAAGGGAAGAAGGACGGCGUAGUUGUGACGACGGCAGAUGCCAAUGCGGGCGAGAUGUUGGAGAUUGAGAGCUUAAUUGUUCCGGAGCUGAAGAAGAAGCAUUCGGCGAUGAUACAGGCAGUUCUUGCAAAGAAGGAGUAGAUGUAUUUGUUUUCCACUGAUAUCGAUGCGUGCAAGCGGUUAUGGGUGUUUUGUAUUUUCAACUAUAUAUAUGUAUACAUAUAUAUAUAUUUGAAUCGUGGCGAAGUUUCGCUACUUUUUGACAGAC